AGCAUAAAUUAGAAGAGUAUUAGGUUGUUGAAGAGUGAUGCGCGUAAAGAUGAGCAGCGGCAGCAGGAAAGGUCCGCCCAAGCACCAAAACGAGUACGCCUGGAAACCCAACGGUUCCCGCAAGAUCAAUCCAACUGAAGUAGGGGGGAAAUUGAGGCCGUAUUCAGAAGUAACUGGGGUAUGCCUGCGCUGUAAAGAACAGAUUGAAUGGAAACGGAAAUACGGAAAAUACAAGCCCCUUACCGAACCCGCCAAAUGCCAGCGGUGUUCCAAGAGGAAUGUUCGCCAAGCUUACCACAAUCUCUGCAAUGGCUGUGCAAAGGAGCAUAGCAUAUGUGCCAAGUGCUCAUGUCGUGUUGGCAACAUCGUUGGAAGAGACAUUUCAGAAAUAGAAGCUGAGCAGAAGAAACUUGAGGAGGCUAUCAAGAAUGCACGGGAGAGGGACAGGAGGACUUUGCUGCGCACUAUGAACAAAGGAAAUCCUCGCAUCUCAAAGAAAUCACCAGCGAAUGACAAUGGUGAGGAUGGUGAGGCGGGUGAAGCAUCAUUGGAGGAACAUGAAGAGUUUACAGGGAAUAGCGAGGACAAUGAUACUGAUGAAGAUGAGGCUGAAGUCGCUUGUUCUGAUGAGAUUUCAGAAUAACCUUUUAAUUAAUGGAACUUUAAGGGCAUGUUACUAGACGGGUCUGGACAUCUCAUAGGACAAGAUUUAGCUUCGUAUUUAUUCAUUAAUUGUAUCUUGUCCUCUUUAUCAAACAAGCUAUAAGCGGAUUGUGUUUUCAUUUUACUGAGAUACCGACCAUUGCUUUCUUGUUAACAAAUUUUGUGAAAUCGUUGAAAUAGUUAAGGAUUUGGUUUCUAUAAUAGGUUUAAAUUGAGCUA